UUUUUGAAAGGCAGUGAAUGCAUGAAAACUGGGGCUUGUAGGUGCGUGAGAAGCGGGUUGCAGCUCCCUCCCUUUCUCCUCACUCGGCAGUGUCUCUGGCUUCAUUCUCGCUCUCCCUCAAUCCUACCAUCUUUUUUCUCUUGCGUUCCAUAUGUUCUUCUUGCUCCAUGUACCAAUGUCAUCCUGGUUUCGCUAUUAAGAUUGCCUUCCCGUCUGGUCGUGUAGCCAGUUGCCAAGAGAGAGAGAGAGAGAGAGAGAGAGAGAGAGUGUGUGCGGUGCUUAGCGUGGUGGAUUUUCUGAGAGUUUCAAUGCUUGUAAACACGCUCCCUGAGAUCCAGCACCACGCUCUGAAUGUGGACUAGUUUUCAACGAGUUGUUUCCGUUAGAUUUGUUCAGCAGCUCGAGUUGUUUUGGAGGUUUAAGGAGCUGCCUAUUGGGGUGUAUAUUGCUAGUUCGUCAUUGCGGCUUCGUUGGAGUCUGAGUGAUGUCCUAUCCGAGACAUGCAUGUUUGAACAGGGUUUUCGAUCACCGUGUGCCAGGUUCCCGGAGAUUAUUCGGGUUUGAUGAGUAGGAAGGUUUCGGAAACGAGGAAAGAGGAUUCUUGUACUUGAUGGUUUUGAUGAUCUGUCCGGUUCCGGUGAAGUUAACUACGGCUCUGAUCCACAUUGCGUUCUCUGAAAGCUUGCAUUGCCUCUGUCCACCAUAUCUUUCUUUUCAUUUAAAUCUUUCCAAGUGAUCCUUCAAACACAAGAGUUCAACACACACAUUAAAUCCUAGAUUUGCUGCUACCCCUCAUUUUCUGUCCUAUCCUUCCACAUCAACGUAUAAGUUUCCCACUCCUACUAGGUAAUGGAAUUGGCACCUCCAACUUCUCAUUAAAAUCCGAACCCCGGGUAACUGCUUCGCAAGCUUGUCUAAAGCUGGCGCGCGAUCUUAUCCUGUUUUCUCCACGGACAACUCGGACCGUGUCCAAGUAUCCGGUCGAAGCCAUGGCUGCUCGAGCGGAAAAAGAGAAAGGGGUAGCCGUCCAAGUUUUACUUCGUUGCAGGCCUUUCAGCGAAGAUGAGAAAAGAACUAAAUCUCCUCAAGUCAUUUCAUGCCAUGAUCAGCGUCGAGAGGUCACAGUAUUUCAAAAUAUUGCUAGCAAACAAAUCGAUCGAACAUUCACCUUUGACAAGGUUUUCGGACCGCAAUCAAGGCAAUUAGACCUGUAUGAGCAAGCAAUCGUUCCUAUUGUUAACGAGGUCUUGGAUGGUUACAACUGCACUAUCUUCGCGUAUGGACAGACUGGAACUGGAAAAACUUAUACAAUGGAGGGGUCAGGAAGGAAGUCCAAGAAUGGAGAACUUCCUCCCGAUGCUGGUGUCAUUCCCCGUGCCAUUCAGCAAAUUUUUGAGACACUUGACAGAGACGAUCAAGAGUACAGUGUCAAGGUCACCUACCUGGAGCUCUACAAUGAAGAGCUCACUGACUUGUUGGCACCUGAAGAGUACUCGAAAGUAGUAAUUGAUGAGAAGAUCAAGAAGCCACUGGCUCUUAUGGAAGAUGGAAAAGGCGGAGUUCUUGUUAGGGGCCUAGAGGAGGAAAUUGUGACGAGUGCCAAUCAAAUUUAUACUCUACUUGAUAGAGGUUCGGCCAAGCGUCAAACUGCUGAAACAUUGUUGAAUAAACAAUCCAGUCGAUCUCACUCCAUUUUUUCGAUCACCAUCCAUAUGAAGGAAACCACUCCUGAGGGCGAGGAGCUGAUGAAGUGUGGAAAAUUGAAUUUAGUGGAUUUGGCUGGAUCCGAAAAUAUAUCUCGCUCUGGUGCUAAAGAUAAUCGGGCACGGGAAGCUGGAGAAAUCAAUAAAAGUCUUCUUACUCUCGGACGUGUGAUCACAGCUCUGGUCGAACACUUGGGUCAUAUCCCCUACAGAGAUAGCAAGCUGACAAGAUUGUUAAGGGAUUCUUUGGGAGGAAAGACAAAGACCUGCAUUAUUGCCACCGUUUCGCCCUCCGUUCAUUGCCUUGAAGAAACACUAAGCACCUUAGACUACGCCCAUCGCGCUAAGAAUAUUAAAAACAAGCCAGAGGUGAACCAGAAAACGAUGAAAUCUGCUCAUAUCAAAGAUCUCUACAGCGAGAUAGAGCGCCUCAAAUCAGACGUAACAGAGGUCUAUUCUGCUCGUGAAAGAAAUGGUAUAUACAUUCCACGUGAUCGUUACUUUGAAGAGGAAGCUGAGAAAAAGGCUAUGGUGGAUAAGAUAGAGCGCAUGGAGUUCGAUUUGGAGGCCAGAGACAAGAAAAUUGAGGAGUCGGAGCGAGCGAUCGAAAUCCAGCAGCAGCAGUAUUCGGAUCUUCUUGCCAAGCUUGAUCGUACACAAAAAACACUUGAGUACACACAAGAGAACUUGAACGAAACAUUGGAGAACUUGAAGCAAGCCAACUUUGCUAUUAGGGAGCGUGACUUUGUAAUUACAAAUCAGAGAGAAGCAGAGAAAUCCCUUGUCAACCGGGCUGCAGAGUUAAGGAAGGAGCUGGAGGCUGCUGCCCAGGAUGUUGCAGGGUUGUUCGCAAAGAUCGAGAGGAAAGAGGAGAUGGAAAUGAAAAACCAGGAACUCGUAAACGUCUUUCAAACUGGACUCACAGAUCAAAUGGAGGAACUCCGUACUCUCGUGGUUUCAGGAGUUGGUGUCCAGCAGCAGCAACUGCAGACCCUGGAAGAACAACUGCAGUCCUUCCUGAAUUCCAAGGACCAGGCCGCGGAAGAGCUGAUAAAGAAACUUCAAUGUCUGAAGGACCUUUAUUUAUCUCAAUUGCAGUCAGUCCAUUCAGCUGUGCAUGCACAUGAGGUUGUCUCGACCUCCACUUUCAAGACCUUAGAUUCCACAGUGACUGCUCAUCCUGGAGCUCUUGAGCAGCUUUUGGUGAGCGCUGUAGCAGAUUCGCAGGCGGUGCUCAGUGACUUGCAGCAAUGUAUCACUGCUCAAGGUCAUGAAGUGGCCCUCUUUGCUCAACAACAACGCGAGGUAGCCCAAAGGAGUCUGGAGAUGGCGCGGAAUAUAGCACAGACUCUCUUCACUUCUUUGUCAACCAUGGAGACUGAUGCUGCUAGCUUCCAAGAGCACGUGAACUCGAGUAGCGUGGAUCAUGACCAAGGACUCCUUGAGCUUGCAGAAGCUUAUGAGGAACAUGCACGAAACGAAUACACUCAACUACUAGAAAGCAUUACAGCAAUGCUGGCCAGUUCCUUGUCAAAGCGAACUCAGCUUGUUCAAACGAGUGUUAAGAAGCUUAGGGAGAAUGCAAGCCAAGAUGCUAUUUUGGUGCAGCAAGGGCUGCAAAAGAUUCAGCACGAAGCUGUCACUGCGAAUGGGCAAGUUAAUGCCUUCAUCACCUCCACAGACGUAUCUUCUGUUGAAGAUUCAGCUUUGUUAGCUAAUAGGGUUUCUCGAAUGGAGGCGAUUCUGCAAUCCUGUUCCGACUAUACCACAACUUCCGGCAGAAAAUGGGAUUUUACUUGCAAAGAAAUCCAAGCGCUUCAGAAUUCCCACACGACUGCCGUCACUUCAAUUCUCGGGGAGGGCCUUGAUGCGAAUACAAAUCUCUUGAUCAAGAUUCAAGCACUUGAAGAUGCUGGACGAUUGGAGAUCGAGACCCGAAACAACAGCACACUGGCUUUCGUUCAAGGAACCUCUGCUGGAGAGCAUGAAGCAGCAGAAAAAAUGCACUCAACGAUGGCAUCACAGGUUAACGCAGCUACAGAAUUAUGUAGCAGUCAUAACUCAAGUGUGGCUGCUGUUCAAACGCACACAGACCAUUAUCUGAGAGAAGAGUAUUUGGUGGAUGAACCCACAUGUUCAACUCCUCGGAGAAGGCCUAUUCAAGUUCCUACUCAGUCUUCAAUUAACGCUUACUGCACUCCGCCUCUUGAUGUACUGCUAGAUGAAUUCCGAGCUAAGACUGCCGCUGGAGGAUCUGAUAGACUUAGCAAAGUAUUCCAAUCCGUUGAAGCCUCCUUCCGAGACUCUCGCACUCCCCUCACCACCAUCAACUAGGCCUCUUCAGCAGCUCUAUUCCCUGCAGCUAUUCCUAAUGGCUAUUCAAUUUAGCUACUUCCGCGACAAGUUCACCUGGCGUAAUGAUUGCAGGUUCCUUCCUUACAAACCUAGUCAUGAACAUCCGAUGGUCUCAGUGGAUUCUGCAACACGACGAUUGGUUGCAACCUCCGCAACAUUACAAAAGAGUGGGAGCUCUGAGCUCACUUUUUAACAUGAUUUGGUGUCUGCUCGACCCCGGAGGUUGGCAAACACCUUGGAUUUUUAGAAACAUAUGGCACGAGGUUCACACCAUCCGGUUGUAUAUGUCGUGUGCCCAUCAGGCAGAAGGGCUUUUCAUGAGCCCGCGACAUUCAGAAAGGUUAUAUAAUACAAAUUUCUCAACGAUCAGAUCCAUGAUACCCAUAGUCCAGGCAUUAUAACCACCAGCGUAUGUUCACACUGCCUAAAUCUCCUAGCUUCAGAGGAAAACAUUGAUUGCGGGAUAAUUUAUGACUGAACUUUUGGAUUUUAAAAGUGAAUUUUAAAACAUAUUUAAUUAUA